AUGCAUAGAAAAACAAUGACAGAGAGCUUGGAUGGAUACAGGGAGAUAACCGAGAUCCGGAGAGACAGGAGGAUUGUGAUAAGCUCUGCCGUAGAUGUAGUGACUGGAGAAAAGGUUAUUCUUGAGGAGGCAGAUCUUUCUGGGAUUUCUUCGUACUACCAGCCGUUAUUGAUGGGUUUUUUACUAGAGCAUGAACUCAACAACUCGCCUUAUGUGAUGAAGGUGAUGAGGGUUUUUGAGAGCUCUAACCGAAUUUAUGUGGUACAGAGGCAUAUGUCUCUUGGGCCUGUGGAUACUACGAUUGGAAACCAAAUCUUUGUGAGCGAUGACUUUGUGUUCUAUGUAUUUAUGCAAGUGGUGUAUGCCAUGAAGCUGAACGGGGAAGAGGGAUGGUUUUGGGACCGAAUGUCGCCAAGAUACAUAUGGAUUGAUGAGGAUGGGAAAGUCCGAAUAUGCUGGGCAGAUGUUGUAUUGGGGAAUAUGAAGGCGAUGGUUAAGCAGUUGGAUAAGUGGAACGGAAGAAUGAAGAGUGAAGAGAAGACAACAGGGGGAGAUAAGGUUAAUUCUGGGUGCGAGGGGUCGGUGUCCUUUGGAAAUCUAAGAAGGAUUUUUGUGUCGCUAGCUCUGGGUGUAUCGGAAGUGUCGAAAGUCAUGUAUUCUUGGAACGGCAGGAUUGGGAGAUCUGGAUUCUUGGGACAUAUCCAGGGUCUUUCGCCGGAUCUAGACGGGCUUGCAUCGCUUCUGUUUGAGGAUGGAGUCGGGAUAAAAGAUCUUGAAGAGUAUACACGGAGGAUGAUCCAAGAAAAGAGAAUAGCCAGUAAUCCUCGGGAGAUAUUCAAAUCCCUGGGAACUGUUUUGGAAGAGAUGAAAAGAGACGAAAACAAGACGUUGGAAGAAACAAGGGCAUGGAAUGGAAAGUCCCCGAGAACAGAAGAACCGGAAAGCGGAAGUGGGUCUGAGGAGAGCGGGAGAAAUAUGAGCGAGAGUGGGAGUAGAGGAGAUGAUGAAAGAGUUGGAUCUUUUGGGACAAGAGAGUACAGAAAAGGGAGAUUCUAUGUAUGCGAUGCCAUUCCCUUAGGAGAAAGAGAAAAAGGCCUAGGGAUGAAUGAUCAGAUGAAGAGAAUGGGCCGAAUUGUGAAUGUACAAAAUCGGCAGAUAAGUCUUCUUACAGGUGUAAUGAGGAAAUCAGGACUCCUAGACAAGGAGACAGAUGCAGAACUUGGAGAAUUAGAAGAUCUAGUGAAUUUUCUGUUGUUUGGAGUGGAGAGGCAGUAG